AUGUUAGAGGCAAGUUGUUCGUGUGAACUCGAGCGAACGACUGGAGAAAACCCCUCCCCCCCGACGAUUUUGCUGCCAACUCGAGUCGGCUACAGACAGUCCAGUGAGUCCUUAAUUACAAGGACGAGAGAAAAGCACGGUGCCCCUCGAGUCCUCUCCGCCCCCUCGGUCCUAACCCCCGCCCAGGCUCCAGGUCUUCCCCUUUGUGUGGCCUGGACUCUCUCCCAGCUACAACUUUGGUGGGAUCCCAAAGGAAGGAGGUGGCGGGGCCUACGGAAGAGGAUACUCAGGAGCCAGGGAGAAGGGCUAGAAACGAAUAAUGUGACUCCAGAGGCGGAACCCCGACCCCCUCUAUUUCCCACCCCGGCUUCACCCGGAGACGAAAGCUGUGGGCAUCUUCAGUUUAACGGACUUCGCGGAAAAGGAGAGAAGGGGGGCGAGGGAAAUGGCAGUUUGUGUCCCAGGGGUUCUUCCGCUUCUUCUUGCCGCCUCCUAAAGACAAACAAACACAACCCCCCACCCUCCGGGGUAUCAGGGAACUCGUGGGACCGUGAAAAAGUCGUUCCCAAAUCCGGCCGCCUGCGGACGUCGGACUUCCGCGGGGCCGGCGCCCGUUGGCGUCUGCAGCUCGGCGCAGCCUCGCGGGGCUCCAGCGAGCGGGGUCUGCCACCCCUCGCGCCCUCCUGCGGCUUUCCCAGCGCUGGGCCAGUGCAGGCCGAGCCCUGGCGUCUCUGCCUCGCUGGGUGGGGGUCCGCGGUGCGGCUGUCCAGAGGGCUGCCCCUCCCGCGGCCCGCGGGGAACGGGCGCAUCCCACCCUGCUCUGCAGGCCGCCCUUCUGCCAGCUGGGAGGCGAGGGCACACGUCCUAAGGCUGCCCAAGGGGGAGAGGAAUCGCGCCGGUAGGAGAGCGCACGGGAACCAGGAACGCAAGGCCGGCACAGGGGAGCCGAAGGAGCCAGACAGGGCCCGGCCACGCGCCCUCGUCGCUCGGCUGCGCUCCGUGACAGGAACCCAGGCUCCCACGCACGGGGAAUGCCUAGAACGGAGCUGGAAUGGAGGCCCCUUUGUGUGACUAAAUUUGGCAAGAAUAUGGAUCUGAGCCAGUCUUUCCACGUGUGCUCCCAGCUCCCAGCUGAGAAGGCCAAGGGUUCUCUUCCGGAUGCAGCCUUUUUGAAAUUUAUUCUUGGCCAAAAGAGGAACAUAGAUCAAGGAUUCUAUCUUGCUUUUGGGAGGCAAUGGAGAGACCCUGAAAACACUUAAGGAAAACCUGAGGCCUUCUAUAAGAAUAUAAACUCCCUGAAAGGGGAGGCAUGGCCAAGCAAUUUACUUAUUUUUAUAAAUCUCUUUCCUGGGUGGAUAUGGUAAUGGAUGUGUUUCUUGAAUUGUGGUAAAUGUACCUCAUAAAAUGGAUGGACUGGGGCUGUAUUCUCAGGCUUCCUGGGCUCCGUUGGCAUUGGGCAAGCACGUAAUGCCUGGUUUGAGGCUAGAAGCCAAAGCCACAACCUUCUUGUAGUACCAACUGAGCCAUAGGGAGAUUAAUGCAGAACAAGGUCAUUAGUCUCAUUGUUUAUCCAGUUACUAGCCGCAUAGAUUUGUGUAAAUUUCAGCUACAGUGGUUGCAGCCUGCCUUUGAUGUGUGUAAUCUGUACAUUUUAGUGCUCCGGAAAAGUGCCUGAUUGACAAGAUCUACAUCCAAUGCCCAGAAAACACAUUCUACACAGGCACAGUGAAGCGUGGAGUUGAACAAUUUUCCAGUGAGUUCCAUCAAAGUAAAUAAACCAACCUAGAGCAUCAGGA